AGGAAGUAGUUGCUAGCGCAUGCGCACACGUCACAAACUUUUCACAGUUUUGACAGUUACAGGUGAAUGGAUUACACAUUGCAAAGGAGAAAACAACAUGUUUUAAUUUCCAAUUUUUUCAUGCGGUUUUCAUAGAAAUCAAAGUUUUAAUUGUUAUAUAAGUGAAAGUAUAAUUAUAUUCAGGGGAAAUAUGAUUUGAAGGAUUUAUUCCGUGAAAAAGUUGCGAAAAAUUGAUCCUUGUCACUAAACGCUUUUGGAAUUUUAUUGCGAUUAGUCAGGAUGACUUGGGAGCCUACUCAUGUACAAUUAACAGUUCUGAGGGCAAGGAACCUUGUUGGGAAAUUAAAAGGAAAGAACAGUGCUAAGAUUACUGAUGUUUUUGUCACUAUAGCACUAGGGAAGGAGAAGUUUCAAACUUCUACAGUGAAGUAUGGAGGCAAAGUCAACAAUGGUGUGGAAUGGUUCGAGGAAUGUGACCU